AUGAAGUCUCAAUUAAGAUUGAAUUUCCCUAGAAUCAGCGACAGGUUCGGAGAAAAAAUCAACAAAGAAGAGAAUAAAUUGAAAUCGAAAAGUUCAUUGAAAGGAAGUGACUCGAACGGCGACUUGGGAGUUCGUGUUAUUUUUUUUACUUAUUCGCUUCAAGAAAAAGGGCUAAAGAAGCAGCAGCUAAAACCACCGAAAAAAAAUGCUCAAAUAAGUUGGAAAAUUCUUCAAUUAGAAAUAAAAGGUAAAUUAAAAGAUAGUCUUCUAUUGGUCGCCUACAAAGUGGAAUUACAUUUAUAA